CCUGAAGCUUGCAUUUUUCUGUCCUAUCGUCAGCUGAGAGUAACUUUUGACACGGCCCCAAGCUCCCCCCAGUUCUGCCUUCACCUCACUGCUUUAAUGUCCACGUCUCAAAUUCAGUUGGAACACAGAAGUGCGCUUCUCUCUCUCACACUCUCUCUCUCUCUCUCUCUCUCUCUCUCUCUCUCUCUCUCACACACACACACACACACACACACUCUCUCACACACACACACACACGCGCGAGCGCGCUCUCCAGCUCUCACUCAUUUUACGCACUGGAGGAGGAAAGGUGAAGUUCUCCACCAUUUAGGCGGAUGUGAUGCUGCACUUUCGUAUUCCCGCCCCUGCUGUGUUGGGGCUUGUUCUUCUUCAGGUUUCUGUGGUGGUGCUGUUUAUUGGCUUUCAUGGCCAAAUAACCCGGUCCCCUUCUGACUCUGCCACAGUGCCUGGAGGCAAAGUACAUGUGCUGCUGCUGUCGUCGUGGCGAUCAGGGUCUUCGUUCAUGGGCCAGGUGUUUAACAAUCACCCAUCAGUGUUUUACCUGAUGGAGCCUGCGUGGCACGUGUGGGGGUGGCUUGAUAGUUCGGCCGCACAACGCAUGCGCAUGGCAGUGAGGGACCUGAUACACCGCGUCUUCCUGUGUGAUCUCGGCGUGUUUGACGCCUACAUGCCCAUCAGUCACAACGUCUCCAACAUAUUCAUGUGGAGCCAUAGCCGGGCACUGUGUUCUCCGCCGGCGUGUCCGCCCUUGUCCCCGCAACACACCACGGCGCAGAUCCCGGAGUGUGAUAAGCACUGCAACGUGCCCGGGUUGGGGCGGGCGGAGGUGGCGUGUCACACCUACAGUCAUGUGGUGCUGAAGGAAGUGCGUUUCUUCGAGCUGGAGUCUCUGUUUCCACUGCUGCAAGACCCGUCACUCGAUCUGCGCAUUGUGCACCUGGUGCGUGACCCCCGGGCCGUGUUCCGCUCUCGCGAGGAGUCACUCGGCUCCUUGCUGCGAGACAGCUCCUUCGUCCUGGGUGAAAAAACGCUGAAAUCUGACUCACAGCAACGCGUCAUGCAGGAAAUCUGCAGGAGCCACAUUCGGAUCUACGACACCGCCUUCCGUAAGGCACCCGACUUCCUGCGAGGACGCUACAAACUAGUGCGCUACGAGGACGUGGCGCGAAACCCGCUAGCAGAGAUCCAGCGCAUAUAUGACUUUGUGGGACUCAAAAUGACUGAGCCACUGCAGAAAUGGAUCCAUCAAUUCACACACGGCAAGAGCAAGGGGACACCGAACGACGCCUUCAGCAUCAUCGAGCGCAACGCCUCUGCAGUCUCGCAGGCCUGGAGAGUGAGUUUAGACUUCAAAAAAGUCCAGCAGGUCCAGCAGGUUUGUAAGAGCGCCAUGUCACUGCUGGGUUACCGUCUGGUCAACACUGAGCAGGAACAGAAGCAGUUUGACAUCGACCUCACACGCUUAAAGAUGUACAAGUUCAGCUGGCAUAAAUCUGCUAAAUCUAAUACAUCUGCCAUUAAGAAGAAUUGAGACACUUCACAUCAGACUGUACCUGAGCUGCAACUCAGCAUUCCAUCAUAUUUAUUACAGCGGGUGGGAAAAAAAACAGUCAAAGGUCCUUUAGCUUUGUACAGAACAGGUGUAAAUGACAUUUUAGCACCAGUGCAUGUUUCCUUUGUCACAGCUCAGCUUUCUAUUCAUUAUUAGCUAGGUUAGCCGAAUCCAGGACUAGAGGAGAAAAAAUCUUUUGGGGUAAAAUGAUGUCAGGCCUUUAUUUAUUGAUCUGUAGGUGGAUUUAUGUGCAAAUCAUUUGUUUAGAUGUUCAUGCAAUCAAUUUGUUAUUUAUGAAAAUCCUGUAAAUUCAGAAAAUCCUUCAUUUUUGUGUGUGCAUGUGUGUGUGUGCGCGUGUGUGUGCGCACCACCACUGAGAUUAAUGUUCAUGAGUUUCAGUCCAAAUCACUAAUUUAUUUAAAAUAAACCCGCAAUUUAUUUAUUUA